AUGACGCCUAUUCACGUUCUCGCUGCCCGUGAUUCCCAGGACGACGGGGCCUUUACUCCCUCAACUGUCGAUCUGUUGAUCUCGCUGUUGGUGCUGAUUCUCCUCGCAAUUGUGUUGGCUGGCAGUCUCCUUGUCCUCCGCCAGCGACGCCGAAAACUCGAGCAGCAGUCUCAACUCCCGCUAUAUAAGAGCCAAGCUCACCAGCGCAGCCUCACGAUCACGCAGAACAGCCGGACCGGUUCGAUACAUGUGUAUAACGAGAAGCAAGGCCUGCAGAGUUCCCUGAGCCCUCCUCCAAGCCCGGUGCCGGAGAUUCGCAUCACUUUCCCCGACGAAAAGGAUGAGUCCGGCAGGCCCCAGGCUGGCCGCGUCGUUGUUGUCCAUAUCAGCGAAAACGGCGGCGUCGGACUGUCACCCAUGAAAGAGGAAUUGCCCCCCUACCAGACUAACGAAUCUGGCCGCUUCCAGUCUCUCGAUCUGGAACGUAUGGGUGGCUUGAAGGAGAAGGAAGAGAUCAAGACAUGGUCUUAA